AUGUCACUUCCCACCGCCUCUGAGCAAAUCCCUCCCACGAGACCGCCUCCAAAUGUGUCAAGAGAUCCCGGGUCACGCCUAAAGAUCCCCAAGGGCGAAGUAUGGGAUACAUUUUUUGUAGAAGAUACCUGUGCGCUGAAGGAUUCGCCAGACACCAUCGGCGUUGUGGCAAAAACAUGGCAUGACAUAGACGAUUUGGACAAUUGGGAAGAAAUAGAUGAGUGUGUUCCAGGAAAAUACGCCUCCGAUGAAGACGUGAUAGAAUUUCGGUCAACUGGACAGCCACCCCGGAAUUAUCUCCUCCUUACGCCUUCGUCUCCGGCUAUGCCCUCCAUGCUCCUCCACGAAUCAGAAUUGGUCCUUCUUGAUCGCGCUCUUGCCUUUGGCGAUGUUGUUAAAAAGAAUUUAACAUCUCCCCUUUCCGGCACAGUUGUCUCUGUGUCCACUUCGGUUGGCCUUCGUCACUCUUUUGUCGACCCGCACGAACCGACGGAAAACUAUGGUCUUAUUCCAGACGUUGGGGAGCAGGAGCUGGUGCUUUCAAGGCAAUGGACCAAUGGUGAUUUUGUUAUAUAUAAGAAUUGCUGGAUGGGUGUAGUAGAAGAGGUUUUUGAUGAGGUUGCCGUGCGACUUCAGAACGGAAGUGUUGUCGUUGUUGAAAACGCCUGGCAGCUUGAGAUUCCGGUAUUAAGUGCGGAGGAGGAGGCACAACAUCAGAAUAUCAACUCUCUAAUAAAUGGAAUUGGAGAAGGAAAGGCAGAAGGGAAACCUACCGGCACAUCUGGGAGGAGACCGUCCAGACCAAAAACCAUUCCCUCACCGUAUCACCUUUCCGCGGGUCAGACUGUAUCAACGAACAAAGCGAACCUCCGAAGAGGUCGUUGGUUGUAUGGUGCAUAUAAUGCAAGUAUCCCUCCUAUUGGCGUCGUUGUGGAUGUCACUACUUCAAAACUCCAUGUGACCUGGCUAUGUCAAAACAUAAUCGUUCCUGGUCGUUUUGUGCCCGUCCAAAGACCAGAUAUGGUUAUCGAAACAGAAGCCGAGAUUUCAAAGCUCAAGAAGUUUACAAAAUCCGUGGGGGUUACGUUGAUCUUGAGGGCAAGCUUUUUGCGAGCAUGGAUGCUACUCAAACAGGGGGCUCACUGGAGGUGGGGGAUAGAGAAAAUCUCAAGAAGCGAAUCUCUAGGCUUUGAGAUCAACACUUUCGUUGUGGUUGAAACGAAGACUCGUGUAAGAGUGAUGUGGCAGGACUUGACCGAGACCCUCGAGGAAGCUCGUGGGAUAGUGCCAUACCUGAAUGUCGAUGAGCACGAUGUUUGGCCAGGUGAAAUGGUCGUCAUCAAAGAGGAGCCAGUUGAAGAUAAGGCCAAGCCAAGUGAAAUCGACCAUGAUGGAAGACAACAAUUCCAAGGGGCCUGGCAAUAUUUCAAUGAAAAUCUUCUUGGGCCGUCUUCAGAAGCAGUCCCUGUGCCGGAUUUUAUUAAGCCUGAGAAGGUUGGUGUCGUUCAGACUGUAAACCCAGCAGAAAGGGUUGCAAAGGUAAUCUGGUUUGCAGAUCCAAAAGUAGAGAUCGCAGGAAACAUUAUGAUUCCUGGAUCAAAGACUGGAACAUUAGGAAAUAAAGUGGAGGACGCCAGUCUCUAUGAGGUCAAUGCCCACCAAGCUAUGGGCGUAAGGAGGGGUGAUUUCGUCCUUAUUGCACCUGAAAAGGACGUAUCUGAAGAGCAAGGAGAAUCAACUACGACUAGCGCCGGCGAUACCACUCCUGUUGAUCCAACAAAUCAGCAGUCUUCCGGGGGUCAAUUGCAGCAGAUGGCAGAUGGCCUGCGAGGGAUGAUCGAUGGCGGAUUAUUAGCAAAUCUGAGCGCAGCUUUAGGGACUAGUAACCAUCCGCAGUUUCAAGCCGUCAGUAGGAUGCUGAGUCAAUUCCCGUUGAUAAAUCAUUCCGAAAAUACAAAUCCCCCAGUUGUAGCUCCUCGGAACAUGAACAACGAAGAUUUCUAUCUAAAUCAACCUCUGGAAUGGAUUGGCGAAGUUGUUGAUCUGGGCUUAGAUGGACUAAUCACUGUACGUCUCGGUGCCUUAGACGAGCCAAAGGAUAUUAAAGCUUCAAUCGAACGGCUACAUAUUAUCUUCACUGGUGAGAUGGACUUUGAUUCACCUGGUGAUGAGGAUGAUGAAGACGAUGAGUACGAUAGCGAAGAGAGUGGAUCGGAUGAAGAUGACGAAUUUGAUGACGAUGACGACGAAAUAUGGAGGGGAGAUGAUAUAGUUAUUGACGAACAGGUAUACUAUCAAGGCGGUGAAAGGAUAGAAAAUGAUGGUGGCGAAGAAGCAUGGUCAACAGACGAUGAGGCGGAUGAUAUGGAUUUCGAAGAUGAUUCUGUUGUUUCGAAACAACCGAUCAGUCUAGAUUAUGAUGGCGAUACUAUGAUGGGUAAUCCUAGUGCUGGAAAGGAUGCAGAGCCGGUAAACGAAGAUAAAAAAGAGCCCACGGAUGAUAAAAUAUUAGUUCCUCCACCAAUCCCAGAAGGCAUACCAGCGCCGCAGGCCUUUUCUGUUCCCACUUCUUCAAAACAACUGGAGAGAUUUGCGAUAUUGGAAAGCGCCGUUCCUGCAGAUCAUGCAUUUGGUGGACAGCCCGAAACUCCUGUAGAUCCCAAGUUCCUUAGACGAAUCAAUAAGGAACAUGCAAUCCUCUCAUCGUCUCUUCCUGAUGGGAUCCUCGUGCGCACAUGGGACCGCCGAAUUGACUUGAUGAGAGUCUUAAUCAUUGGCCCUCUCAACACGCCGUAUGAACUUGCCCCGUUCGUGUUCGAUUUUCAUUUCUCGGCAAAUUUCCCUCAUUCGCCACCACUGGCGCACUUUCAUAGCUGGACUGGAGGAAUAGGAAGGGUCAAUCCAAAUUUAUACGAGGAUGGUAAAAUAUGCCUAAGUCUCUUAGGAACGUGGCAUGCGGAGAAAAGGAAUGAAGGGUGGAGCCCCAACGGAAGUUCUGUUUUGCAGGUGCUUGUCAGUUUGAUGGGUCUCGUACUCGUCCGGGAGCCAUAUUACAAUGAGGCUGGCUUUAACGUCUACGUUGGUUCCAAAGACGCAACACUUAACUCGGCCCUUUACUCUGAGAAGGCAUUUAUUCUAGCACGUGGCUUUGUCAAGCACGUUUUGCAGAGACCUGUCCUGGGUUUCGAGGAUGAGAUUAAGUGGCUGUACAUGCCUGGACAGUCUGAGGGGCCGGAGCUGUUGAAGGAGGUUAUCAAACGGGCUAAAGAGGUCGUGGCGAGGAGUUCGGCUCCAAGGAAAACUGAGGGCGUCGAAGUAUCUGCUGAAGUCGGGAGCGAGGGUGUGGGUAGGGUUUCUGCGGGAGCUCUUGUGUUGCUGGAGAAGCAUCUGGAGGCAUUGGAGGGAAUCCUGGAAGAAGGGGCGGGAAAAACAGAAGUCGUCUCGGAGUCUGCGUAA